AGGGGGGGGGGGCGGCGGCGGCGGCCAUGGCGGCAGGGGGGGGCGCUCCACCGCCGGGCGGGGGGGAGGAGGAGGAGGAUGACCUCGGGUACCGGCUGUUCCCGGACCGCAAGAAGAAGCCGCAGAGCUUCCUGGUGCGCAGCCUCUUCACCUUCCACAACCGCUGCCAGCUGAUGCUGCGGAUGAGCCUGGAGACGAAUCCAUAUGCUCAACUGUUGCUUGCGGCUAUGAAGCAAUCUGGUUGCACUGUCUUCAAUGACCGGCACUUUUCUUGCGAAAACUGUGAUGGCUGUGUCAGUGGAGGUUUUGACUCUGCCACAUCUCAGAUUGUUCUGUGUCAGAACAACAUUCGCCAGCAAUCCCAUAUGAACCGGGUGGUUGCGCAUGAAUUGAUACACGCUUUUGAUCACUGCCGUGCACAUGUUGACUGGUUUAAAAAUGUCAAACACUUAGCCUGUUCAGAGAUUCGAGCUGCUAAUCUCAGUGGAGACUGUACACUGAUGAAUGAAAUAGCCAGGUUUAAAUUUGGAUUAAAAGCACACCAUCAGACUUGUGUACGAGACAGAGCAAUUCGUUCCAUUCUGGCUGUUCGAAAAGUCAGCAGAGAGACUGCGGAAAAAGCUGUGGAUGAAGUGUUUGAUACCUGCUUCAAUGAUCUGGAACCAUUUGGAAGAAUCCCGCACAGUAAAGCAGAUGCAAAACGUGCUUAUAAAGACUUUCUGAACAGAGAUCGCUACAAUGCUAAUUUGUAAAGGAAAAAAAUGUGAAAAACUAUGUUAAUAGCUGGUGCUGGUGGAAAGGGGCAAUUCUUUCAAAUGCAUCAGUUCAUUUUGUAAACUUUUUCAAGGAGCCAAUUUCAUCGAAGUAAAUGAACUUGACUAAAAACUGUGUUUCUUCACCUCUUAUUCCAACAAGCUUGUUUAGUACACCAAAUGACUUAGCAGAUAAUGACUUGCACGUUUCAGUGCACAUUUAAUUCUGUUUGGUAUGACUACGAAUUGGUUUCUAAAAAAUUUGUUGUUAUUGAACAAAUCUUUUCAUAAAAUCUUUUGAUUUCUACCAUAUUUGAUACAUAGUCAUAAAUUUGAUUAUCUUCAUCAGUCGCUUUAAAAAGCUCCUGGGCCUAUCUUUAACAACUGGGGCUAAUUCCCAAAUGUAGUGAACUGCCCCAUUUGUCUCUGAAGUCAGCCUUUGAGCACCUUUGAAUUCCACCUCAUCCAAUGUUAACUGUACAGGUACAUAAAGCCCUUUUGCUUGUUAGAAACUUGACUGACAAUUCUCCUGCUUACAGGAUCAAACCUACAGGCUGGAUAAGCAUUGUCAAAGAGUGUCCACCAGACCGAGUCUUGCACAAAUAAUGUAUGGAACUUACCUGCCUGACAGUACAGGAGAAAGACUGGAAGUUCAUCUCUUCCUCUGAAGGAAGGGACAAUCGGCCAACUCUGUAAUAAGUCUUAGAGAAGCUGUCUGUUAUUCUCAAAUGCCAAGUAUUAUAAUGAUUGCCUUGGACACAAGGAAGCCACAUUUUCCUCUUUUUCUUGAAAUUAAAGGUAUGAUUCUACCACAGGUACAGUUCACUAACAUAAGGGAGAUGUGGCUCCUCAGUCAAAGGGUUUGUAGGUAUAGCUGCUAUAGUAGUUACUGGAUUAAGACUCAAAUGGCAUACUUAGAUCCACAAAGGAACAAAUAGUCCUCAGAUUUUUAUUGUUUCAUACUGAAUGCCAAACAAUGGGACCUCAAGGUCUGAGUGGA